AUUACAGGAAUCAAGCCGAGAUGACACAUACGUGCCGAGGAACUAUAAAUCUAGCCACAGCAUUUAUCACAACAUCUGAUUCGUGUACAAUAGUCAUAUCUAGUGGUGGUAACCACACCUUUCAUCUUAAAGCAACGUCAGAAGUAGAUCGGCAGAAAUGGGUGACUGCGCUAGAGUUGGCGAAAGCUGAUGCAAUAAGAAUGCUAGAACCGGAUAGUGAUGAGGAGGAGCCAGACAAGCAUGACAUACAGACCACCAUUAAAUCACUCAACUCCAAACUGGAGGACCUGAACACAUGUAAUGAUUUAAUCGGCAAACAUGGUAGUGCCUUACAGAGGGCUCUAACCGAACUGGAGCAGGUGGAGGGAGCACCAGAUGUCUCGAGCAAGAUAAAGGUUAUCAACGAGAGAGCAACAAUGUUCAGGAUUACUUCAAAUGCAAUGAUUAAUGCAUGUGCAGAAUUUCUCGAGCUUGCCCAGACUGAUGGAAAGAGAUGGUACAAAAUGUUAGAACACGAGUAUAACCAGAAAUUAAAGCUACAGGAGCUUCUAGAACAACUUGCCAAAGAUCAGAACACGCUGGAAAUUCAGGCGAAAAAAUCUAUGCUACCUGUAACAGGGGAGAAUCUAGGUACUGUGGUAUCUGGGUCAGACGAAGAUGAUUUUGAAGAUGCCCUAGAUUACCAGGAAGUCAUUACAUUUCCUGGAACACAGACCCCGUCGCACAGACGUACAGACAGUGAUCUUAGCUUUGAGACGAAGUUGUAUGAUGGCGAGCAGUACAGUACAGAGUCGGACAUAGAUGAUACUGAUGCACCGGAACAAACAAUCGGUUUAUACCAGACCAAAAUUCAUUCGCAUUCCGCAUGUCAUUGGAAAAAGAUGAAGAAGAAAGCUACCCGAAUAAAUAACUCAGACAAUAGUCGGGAAGCACAGAAACCAGCUAGCACAGCAUUGAUACCUAAACGACAGAGGCGUCUUAUCAUAUCUCCAAAACCUAAUUACAGUCUUAACUUGUGGGGCAUCAUGAAAAACUGUAUAGGAAAAGAACUUAGUAAAAUUCCAAUGCCAGUGAAUUUCAGUGAACCUUUAUCCAUGUUACAAAGAAUUACGGAAGAUUUUGAGUACGCGUCGUUGUUAGACGAGGCGGCGGAGUGCGAAGAUUCCACGGAACAGUUAGCAUAUGUCACAGUGUUUACUAUAUCCUCAUAUUCAACUACUAUAAAUAGAACUACUAAACCUUUUAAUCCAUUACUCGGUGAAACAUAUGAAUGUGAUAGAACGGAUGAUUUAGGCUGGCGUUCAUUAGCGGAACAGGUUAGUCAUCACCCGCCCACUACCUCUGUACAUACACAGGGUAGGAAAUGGACACUGUGGCAGGAGUUUACUAUGGGAAGUAAAUUCAGGGGAGCUUAUCUCAAUAUUGUCCCUACAGGUAUCGCACAUCUCGUCUUUGAAAAAUCUGGUAAUCACUACACAUGGCGUAAAGUGACAACAACUGUGCAUAAUAUAAUAGUGGGUAAACUAUGGGUAGAUCAUCAUGGUGAAAUGGACAUUAAAAAUCAUAAAACUGGUGAUAACUGUCACCUCAAGUAUUACCCAUAUAGCUACUUCUCCAGAGAUAAACCCAGAAAGGUAACAGGAGUGGUAACGGAUUCUAGUGAUGCAGCUAAGUGGGUUAUAACAGGAACUUGGGAUACACAGAUGGAAAUUGCUCAAGUUUUACAAGUCGACGAGUCAUCUAAAAGACCUGUGUUUCAAACAGGCCCUAAAAGAGUUUUAUGGACACGGGUGUUACCUCCGCCAGGGUCAGAUAAGAUGUACUUUUUUACACAACUUGCAAUACAAUUGAACGAGCCAGAGGACGAUGUAGCGCCGACAGAUUCACGGAGACGACCCGACGAGAGACUCAUGGAGGACGGAAACUGGGACGAGGCUAACAGGGUCAAAGUUCAACUGGAGGAGAAACAGAGAGCAAAGAGAAAAAAGAUGGAGGCCGAGGCCGAGGAUUGUCUAAAGAGAGGUGAAGAGCCACCUUGUCAUAGACCAAUGUGGUUCAAGAGAGAGAAGGACGAGAUCACAGGAGAAAUGAUAUUUAAGUCGACGGACAAAUACUGGACGUGUAAAGAGAACUCGGAAUGGACGGGAUGUCCGGAUAUAUAUCUGUGAUAAAUCAGAUUCCUCUAUGCUGAUAUAAACUUAUGAACGCGAUUUGUUAUUUAUUAUGUGAUUUUGUUAGCCCCCGAAUCCUUUCCGAUCCCCUCCUUUCCCGCCUUCUUUCUUAAGGGCGUACAGGCAAUAUAUAUGUGGGAGGGGGAGGAUAGGUGUGGACGCUGGAAGGACCUUUUUUGAUAGGAACAAGAUCACUUGUUCAUGCAAGCACGAUGAUAUAGAAGUAAUUACUGCACUUUGGACAUUUAUAGAAUUAUGUUGAUUCAAAUUUUGAAUAUCAGAAUUGAUAAUGUUUGUUAAGAAUUUCAUGGUUGCAUUUGUAAACUAAAAUUAAAUCUUUGAAAAUAAAUAUUCAUAUAUUUGUCUGAAAUGGAGAAUAAAAUUAUACAGUUAAAAUUAAUCUUUAAAACUUUGAAUCUACAAAGAUUUGUGAUCUUUUGAUAGAUAAUUGCUUGGAUUCUUCUGUGUUGAGUCAGUGAAACUGUUUAUUUUGGUAUGUAAACUUACAGUCUUUAGUUCUGUAUUCUGAAUACUUAGUUUGACAAUGUUUAACCUAUGCUACCAUUAUAUAGUUAGGACAGCUGGUACAUCAAAUGCAGUAUUGUUAGAUUUUAUACUGUUGUCUGAUCAC